AAUGAGGGGAAACCUUAAAACCCUAAAUUAAAAUUUUCCGAUCCCAAUCCGGCGAGGAUUCCCUCAUUUCGACGCUAGGGAAAGCGAAAUUCUCUGUUGAUUCGAGAUUGAUAAAGGUUGAAUUCAUCUGAAGCGCGUAUUUUUGUCCAGGAAAGGAUGGAGGCGGAAUUGAAAUCUUUGCUGAAUGAUCUUCGUAGUCUGAAGGAUUCUUUAUCCGAUCCGUCUCAUCAAGCUUCAAUUGACAAGAUUCAAUCGCGUGCUGAGAAUCUUUCAACAAUGGAAAAGUCUAGCAGCUUGCAUCGAUCCAAGAUUAAGAAUAUGAGCACUGAGGUUGUUGAUAGCAACCCUUACAGUAGGCUUAUGGCGCUUCAAAGGAUGGGUAUAGUGAACAACUACGAAAAAAUCCGGGAGUUUUCGGUUGCCAUUGUUGGUAUAGGUGGUGUAGGGAGCGUGGCAGCUGAGAUGCUAACAAGGUGUGGAAUUGGCCGCCUUUUGUUGUAUGACUAUGAUAAAGUGGAGUUAGCUAACAUGAAUAGGCUUUUUUUCCGUCCAGAGCAGGCCGGCAUGACUAAGACUGAUGCUGCUGUCCAAACUUUGUCCGACAUAAAUCCGGAUGUUGUGCUAGAGAGUUAUACACUGAACAUCACAACAGUACAAGGCUUCGAGACGUUCGUGUCUAGUCUAAAAAACAAAUCGUUUCGUCCGGAUAAAGAGGGCAUUGGAAUUGAUCUUGUUUUGAGCUGUGUGGACAAUUAUGAAGCAAGGAUGGUGGUAAAUCAGGCUUGCAAUGAGUUAAACCAAACCUGGAUGGAGUCUGGUGUAUCCGAGAAUGCUGUUUCUGGCCAUAUACAGUUGUUGGUCCCCGGUGAAACUGCUUGCUUUGCAUGUGCGCCACCCUUGGUUGUAGCAUCAGGAAUUGAUGAACGUACACUAAAGCGUGAAGGGGUGUGUGCAGCAUCUUUGCCGACUACAAUGGGAGUUGUUGCUGGGCUUCUUGUUCAAAAUGCAUUGAAAUAUUUGCUGAAGUUCGGAAAUGUUACGCCCUAUUUGGGUUACAAUUCCCUCAACGAUUUCUUUCCAACAAUGGCAAUGAAACCGAAUCCUCAAUGUUCGAAUGCCGCUUGUUUGGAGAGACAGAAAGAAUACAAUCUUGCAAAGCCAGCGAGGGACGCUGCUGCUAAAGCCAAUACGGAAGCGCAAAAACCACCCGAACUCGAAUGCCUCCACGAAGACAACGAAUGGAAUAUAAGUGUUGUCGAUGAUAUCGAUGUACCAGGAGGCUCGAGCACCACUUCAGGUGCUCUGCCGGAAGGCCUUGUUCACGAGCUCCCGAGUGCAGAUGAAUUCGAUACACAGCCUGUUUCAAACAAAACAACACCGACGACCACCAUUGAUGACCUCGAAGAUCUGAAACGGCAACUUGAGGCCCUCAACGCCAACUAAAUUGCCGGUAAACUUUAUUUCCUUAUCCCGUAAUUCGAUCAAAAGAUUAUACAUUAAGGCGACAUCUUUUCAAGAACUAGAGCAUCCAUUUCUUGCAUAGAAAAUUCCCGAUUGCGAAUUUGAUUGCCAAAGUAGACCCGACCUUUUAACUAUCAAAAGCUCGUGUUUUUGUAUCCUAUGUACAUUUUUGUACCUUCUUAUGACUUCAAGAACCAAAAAUGAAACACCUUGACUGCAUAUAUAUAUAUAUAUAUAUAUCUUUCCUAUGUUAGAAACUCGAUCUAAAGCGUAGAUUCGAGCUUUAUGAAUAUAUCUCAUGUGCUGAAAUCAAUGAGUAUCAGUCGUAC